AUGUUUGUGAACAGAAUAGUGCCUGGUUUAGGUCUUUGCGUUAUCAUAUAUGAUCUAGUAGAGAUUGGGGACUCUUUUGUGCUACCCGGUGACGGCAGCAGCCAUACAAAAGUAAAGUUCCGGUUUGUCGUAUUUCGACCUUUUAUUGGCGAAGUUAUCCAGGCCAAAGUGUCAUCUAGCAGUAUCGAAGGUUUGGAGUUAUCAGUUGCAUUUUUCGAAGAUAUUUUCAUACCGGCGGAUCGAUUGCCACAACCAGCCGUUUUCGAGCAGCUGGAGCAGGUUUGGUAUUGGGAAGUCCAGCCAGAGGAGGGACCACCAGCCAAAUUAUACAUGGAUCCAGGAAAAGUAGUUCGAUUCCGAGUUAUUGAAAAUAUUUUCAAAGAUGUAGAUCCAGAAACAGCCAGAGACGAAUACAGCAGAGAAAAGUCGUAUCGAAUAAUAGGGACACUGGGAGAAACCGGUUUAGGAUGUCUGCCGUGGUGGAUGCCGACUGAUGGGAGUAAUAAGCGAAAGAAGAAGAAGAAGAAAAAGAAGAGAAACAAGGAGGGGAAGUGA